CACAAUUAAUACUCUUUCUCAUUACAAAAUGUUCAAGUCUACUCCUAUGAUGGCUUUGGCUUUGGCCGCAAUUGCAUCUUUGCAAGUUGAUGCACGUUUGUUCACGGUGACAAACAAGUGUUCCUACACCAUUUGGCCAGCAGUGUACACCGGUAACACAGCCCAAGGUACACCAAGUGGUAUUGCCUCUCAAGGUGGAUGGCAAUUAGACGCAGGUCAAUCAUCCAGCUUUGGUGUUCCAGACAACUGGCAGGCAUCCCGUAUUUGGGGUCGAUCCGAAUGUGAUUUUAGCAAACCAGACGUUUCAUCUUGUGCAACGGGUAGCUGUAUCGGUGGUUUACACUGCACUCAACCAGGCAUUCCACCUGCAACUUUGGCCGAAUUUACACUUUCUCAACAAGGUCAAGAUAAUUAUGACGUUUCACUUGUUGAUGGUGCAAAUAUUCCAAUGGCAAUCACUGCAAACGGUUGUCAUACAGCAAGUUGUCCGAUCAACUUGAAUCCAAAUUGCCCUGCUCCUUUGCAAACCAAGGACGCAAGUGGAAACAUUGUCGGUUGCUUGUCAGCUUGCAAGGCUUUGGGCGGUGAUAACAAUUGCUGCUCAGGUGCUGAUGACACACCUGCCAAGUGUCCUUCAAGUGGCGUUGAAUACUACAGCUACUUCAAGCAAUGCAAAGACGCUUACGCUUAUGCUUACGAUGAAUCUUCCGGUACAGCUCUUUGGACUUGCUCCGGUGGCCAUGAUUAUACAAUCACAUUCUGCCCUUAGACUUGAAAGGCUAUAUACUUUACCACAUUUUCAUAAUCUCUCUUUCCGCAUG